AUGUGGACGGAGAGCGGUAGCUUGGCAGAGCUGGCCUUCCCCGUGAUGGUUGUCGCGAUCGCCUCCGGCGUGUCCCUGCUAUGCACGGUCCUCCUCUGGCGCACCCAGAAAGUCUCUCGCGACACAGCCGCCUGCUUCGACCGAAUCGAAAGGGUGGGCUUCCGAAGCGACCCUCAGCUGCGCUCUCUGGACAAGUCCAUCGCUCUGUCGGUGCCGCCGCUGCCGCCGCCGGCGGCGACGCCGGGGGCGGCGGGGGCGGUGCUACCCCGAAAGAAGCCGUUCGAGAAGGGCCUCGUGCUCAUCGGUGGGUUCGGAGACAUGCCCCACAUGUGGGAAGGGCUGGCGGAGAGAGCUUCCAAGGCCGGGUGGUACACGCUGGCUCCUCGCACGCCCGGCUGGGGCAGGACCGACUUCAGAGAGGCCAACAAAGUUUGUUGGACAGAUUGGGUGCUGGCGUGCCGGGACAGCCUAGCGGUGGCGCGGGGGCUGUGCGACGAGGUGACCGUGGUAGCCCACAGCACUGGCGCCCCCGUGGCCGCGUUGGUGGCCGAGACCCAACCUAUCGAUCGGCUCAUCUUCACGGGACCCAACUUCCUCUCGCAGGCGGGCGAUCGCUGGGCGAAGAAGCUGCUGCUGAGACCGGUCGUGGGGCCCCUGGUGACCAAGUACCUGGGCACCGUGGUGAAGAAGAGGAGAAGGGGCAGGCCGGUGGACAGCCUCAACGUGGCCUCCUACGAGACCGCGUUCUACCUCACCUGUCUGCCGGUGCACACUCUUCGGCAGAUGUGGAUCCUGCAGGACAAGCUUUCGCGGCCGUGGCGAGUGUCCGGCGAGGUGCUCAUGCUGAUGGGGGAGUCGGACGAGUCGGUGGCGCCUCUCCUGGAGCAGGCGGACUUCGUGAGGGGCUACGUGCCGGAGGACGUGUCGUUCCGGGCGUGCUCGAUCCCAAACGCCGCGCACGGACUCCCCACCGAAACGGAAGGGGUUGUGGACACGCUCGCCAAGAUCGUGGUCGGUGGAGACGAGGACCUCAUCGACAAGCUCGCCCUGCUCGCGGAAGCGAAGGCCGCCGCCGCCGCCGGUGACCCGGCCAUCGCUUCUUCCGCCACCAACGGCGGGGGCCCCGGCGACGGGAACGGCGACGCUCACUGAGUGGACGUCGGCAGGGCUGGCAGGCAGGCAGGCGGGCGGGAGGGUGUAGCUGCGGAAAGAUCGUUUGUUCUUGAUGGGAGUCGUGCGCGUUCCCUGCCUGCGUGUUUUUCGCUGGGGUUGUCGGCGACUUUUUUGUUUGUUCUUGCGGCGUGGUCGGUUACUCUCCUCUUCUUGCACCUUUGGAAACAUAUGGUAGGGCAUGUUCUUGGUUUGUCAGCGUGCGCCCUGUAUCCUACUAUUUUUGGUUUGGUUUGUUUCCCGUAUUUCUUGUGGGGAUUGAAUUCGCCCGCCGACCAGGCAGGGUCCGUGGAACAUUCGUGGAAUAUUCGGCUGCCUUCUUCAUUACUCUAACUUCCCCGCCGCUGGAUUAUUUUUUUAGUUCUGAUGGCAAGCCCGCCUUGGCUGAGAGGUUUUGAUUGUUAAGCAAUUUGCCGUGUGUAUGUUGUGGUCGGCGAUUGCUUGUGGUGGUUUCUUCUUGAAACACGCAUCAAGUCAUUUCAAGUGUAGUCGGCAGUGGGAAGCCACACCGCUGAAACUCUUGUGUUCCGUGCUAAAUAUGCACGCCAGCAUCGGGGAGAGAUUCUUAUUUUUCGCGACCCCCGGAACCGGAGCUCUACGGAUAGAUGGAGAGAGGCAAGGCAAAACCGUACGGUGGGUAGAACCAUGGAGGGACGGUUGAUAAAAAGGGAUGGCGGGACACGAAACCGAGAGGGAAAGCCGUCGCGAUGUUUCUGCUGUAGUUGAAAGUGGGACCAGCAAUCCGCGGGCCCCCCGGCGCGCGAGUGAGCCAUGUAGGAUCUCUG